GCCUUUGGAGUGAGCAUCAGUCCAAAACCGCGACUCGACCCGAACAGACUCGCGCUCGCAUCGAUCCCACAUACCGGCACAUACCCCCGUUUGGUCCUUCGUCCCCAUCCACCCUCUCACUCCCAAGUUCCAACAUCCAGGGCCUGUGCCCGCUGUGUAUAUGUGUGUGUUUGUGUGCGUGAACAUAGGCGGAUAAUUUUCGAUCUUCCGUGCUAUAUCAUUAGCGAUCCUUCUGUUCAACAUACCAAUCGAUCGAUCGUAUCAUCUUGGAAUUUCCUUUUCGCCGUACAUUCGUCGCCGGGUUUCAAAUUUUUCGCAUUCGUUUGAGGCUGAAUUCUCCAUAAGGAAAUCUUUCCACGUGGUGCGUGCAAAGGAGCAACUUUCCAAUCGGACAUAAACAUCGCCACUAAUACGGACACACUGAUACGGCUUCUCUGCUUGGUACACGGGUAAGGAUGCUGCUGCGCAAGGCUACGACCGCAUUUGGCGGAUGUUUGCGCCAACAGUUGCACCGUAGCUCAUCAGCCGAUGGCAUACUGGCUCCAUUGGCGACGGUACAGCAACCACUCCAAGCGACACCACAACGACGUUGGCUAUCAAACGGCGGGGGACGAAAAACGCAUCCCAAAAUCCUCAUCACAGGUGGACUCGGCCAGCUUGGUGUCGAAUGUGCGAAACUUCUGCGAAGCCAGUACGGUGAAGAAAGUGUCAUUCUGUCGGACAUCAUCAAACCGAGCAGUGAGAUCGUUAACAGCGGACCAUACAUAUUUGCCGACAUUCUCGACUUCAAGGGUCUGCAGAAGAUCGUUGUCGAUCAGCGUGUCGACUGGAUCAUUCAUUUUUCCGCACUGCUCAGCGCGAUUGGUGAGCAAAAUGUUCCGCUAGCGGUGCGCGUUAACAUUGAGGGCAUGCACAAUGUGCUCGAGCUGGCCAAACAGUACAAGCUUAGGAUCUUCGUACCGAGCACGAUCGGUGCAUUCGGUCCGGACAGCCCACGGAACCCUACACCGAACGUGACGAUUCAGCGACCGCGCACAAUUUACGGUGUAUCGAAGGUGCAUGCGGAACUGAUGGGCGAAUACUAUCACCACAAGUUCGGACUGGAUUUCCGCUGCCUUCGGUUUCCGGGUGUGAUUUCCAGUGAUCCACCCGGCGGUGGUACUACCGAUUAUGCCGUAGCCAUAUUCUUCGAGGGUCUAAAGACGGGCAAGUACCAGUGCUACCUCAAACCCGACACGCGUCUGCCCAUGAUGUACAUCGAGGAUUGUCUGCGAUCGUUGCUCGAGUUUAUGACCGCUCCUGAAGAGAAGCUGCAACGCCGAGUGUACAACGUAACUGCCAUGUCCUUCACACCGGAGGAACUCGUCGAGAAGCUAUCGAAGUAUAUUCCCGAGCUGCACGUCAGCUACCGACCAGACAGCAGGCAGCUCAUUGCCGACUCUUGGCCACAAAUCUUCGACGAUUCGGAGGCGCGCCGAGACUGGGGCUGGCAACACAACUAUGACCUGGACAAGCUGGUGGAUCUUAUGGUUCGAGAUGUCACCGAAAACUACAUCAAAAAGGCGUCACAGUAGGACGGCUACAUGUUUUCAUGACUACAUUCGGCACCAUCGAGCGCUGCAAUAAACUGUGUAUACCUGCAACAACAGAA